UUCAAGGCUUAUGCUACAAGUGGUAGCUUUGGUCACGGGAUUAUAUUAUCAUCUAUCGUAAUUUAUAAGAAUCACACGGUUCCACUUCAUCAAACCAAAGUUUUGAAUAAUUAUUCCAAACAAAACAGUAAGCUAUCAUAUAAAUGGGUGGUAUAUUUAGUCUGUUUUCUCGACUCUUUGGAAGUAAAGAACGGAGAAUUCUCAUCUUAGGCUUAGAUGGAGCCGGAAAAACGACAAUUCUCUAUAGGUUACAAGUUGGUGAAGUGGUAACAACCAUUCCUACUAUUGGAUUCAAUGUAGAAACGGUUGUUCACAAAAAUCUUAAAUUUCAAGUAUGGGAUUUAGGUGGUCAAACUAGUAUUCGACCAUAUUGGCGUUGUUAUUAUGCGAAUACUGAUGCUAUUAUUUAUGUAGUGGAUAGUAUGGAUAAAGAUCGAGUUGGAAUUUCCAAACAAGAAUUAUUUUCUAUGCUUGAGGAGGAAGAGCUUCGUGGUGCUGUACUGGUAAUAUUGGCAAAUAAACAAGAUAUAUCUGGUUGUAUGACUAUCAGUGAAGUAGCACAAUCACUUGGCUUAGCUGCAAUUAAAAAUAGACGUUACCAAUUAUUUAAAACAUCUGCAUUAAAAGGUGAAGGAUUAGAAGAAGCCAUGGAUUGGUGAGUUUUAUUCAUUCGAUUAUAAAAUGAAUAAUCAAUUUUACUUUAAAUCUAUAUUCCUUAUGGUUACAUAGAGUGGUUAGGGUGUUUGACUCUUAACCACAAAGUCAUAUAUUUCAACCUUGCGCCUCACGUACUUGUCUUUGAAGAACUAGUUGGUAUCACCAGCCUUCGUACUUAGAGCGUAACUCGAAGCGAAUAAAAUGUAAUUGUACUUGGUAAAUAAGUAAACAGGAGAUGUAUACAGUAAGAUAUUAUUUGGCUGGUGAUGAAUUGAAUGGCCCACCUACUUAAAUUGGGUUUUGCGCUAGUUGUCACUUGUCAAGAGCAAGUUAAAUUUAUAAUCUUAUCGAAAUUAAUGCUCUAUAUAACAUUCAAACUUGGAUCAUUCAUUUUACAAGUUGAAGGUGUUACCAAUGAACUCUUCAAGUUUCGUUAUCUUUCUACAUGUGAUAAUGAGUGAGACUGCGCUCAUAUUUCAGGACUUGAGUCAGUCAGUCAGCUACAACGUA